AUGAGACACGAGGGCUGGGAUACUGUCAGGUCACUCAAGCCUUGGCAGGGGAAGUCGAGAUGCAGAGGUCGGGUUCGAACCACGGACAUUCCGGUCCGUGGUUCGAAUCCGACCUCCGCCAUUCGACUUACCCUGUCUAGGCUUGGGCGACCUGGCAGUAUCCCAGCCCUCGUGCUUCCCUCUGGUGGCAUGGCAGUUAGGCACUGGAAGGGUGCUACAGCUGAACUCUCAUUUACUCUUCGGCUGGGGGAAUCGUUCCCUCAGUGCCUCUAA